AGCAGUGUCAACGACUGCUUUUUUCCCUUGCCCCUCUCUUUUACCAUGAGGCCCUCCAUCCUCAUCUUCCUCCUCUUCUCCUGCCUCCAUCUUUCCUUCUCUGUCUCCGAACCCUACACGGCUAUCUUUAGCUUCGGCGAUUCGCUCGCUGACACCGGCAACCACCUCGUCGACGGGCCUAAUCCCAUCCUCUCCACAACCCACCCCCCAUAUGGCAUGACCUUCUUUCGCCGCCCCACCGGCCGCUGCUCCGACGGACGCUUGGUCAUAGACUUCAUCACUGAGGCCUUUGGGCUCCCACUGCUUCCGCCAUCGAAAGCUCACAACACCGACUUCCAUCAAGGAGCCAAUUUUGCCAUCACGGGAGGCACGGCCAUGAGCUUCGGCUACUUUCACAAGAAAGGCCUCGAAAGCACCGUAUGGGUCAACGGUUCCCUAAACGACCAGAUCGAUUGGUUCCAGGACAUGAAACCUUCUCUCUGCAGCUCAGCGGCAGAAUGCAAGGAAUACUUCAGUAGAUGUCUGUUCGUCGUCGGAGAGUUCGGAGGGAACGAUUACAACGCCUUCUUCUUCGCCGGCAAGGGUCUCAAGCAAGUGAUCUCCAAUGUGCCAAUAAUCGUCAGAGGGAUUGCAGAGGGUGUCGAGCGGUUGAUCAACCACGGGGCGGUGGAUCUGGUGGUGCCGGGGGUUUUUCCGAUUGGAUGCUUCCCGUUGUACCUGAAGCUGUAUGGUUCUCGUCACGAGGAGGACUACGGUCGUCGGAGCGGAUGCAUGAAGAAAUACAACACUCUGGCGUGGUACCAUAACGAAAAGCUUCGCCGGGAAUUGGAGAAGCUCCAGAAAAAGUAUCCAUCGACGAGGAUCGUCUAUGCCGACUUCUAUGCUGCAGCAAUUCGAUUUAAUCUCGCACCCAAAAACUUCGGAUUUACUCAUGGGGCUCUAAAAGCUUGCUGUGGGGACCGUAGCAAGUAUAAUGUCAAUAUGGCCAAUAGGUGUGGUACAUCGAAUGCAACCGUGUGCCAUGAUCCUGAAACGUAUGCAAGUUGGGAUGGUGUUCACUAUACCGAAGCUGCUCAUCACUUCAUCGCCAAAGGUUUGCUUGAAGGACCCUAUGCCGACCCACCGCUUAUGAGUCUCCGCUCUCCUAAAGCUUCUGCGAGCGUCGUAACAAAAAAAUAAUACAUGUCAUGUAUCAAUUAGUCACCCGAAGCACACAUACAAAAAAAAAAACACUUUUAGAGUUGCGAUCCACAUAAUAUGAUUGCCGUUAAUUUACUUCAUUGUUUAAAGUGACUUGAAAAUUCUUAUUGUGGCCAUCGUUGUAUUCCAUCAAUAAUGAUAUUGUGGCCGCUAUUUCCUGUUAGGACUUGUAUCAGUGGAGGUUACCACAAACUUUUUUUUAAAUUUUGAGGGUUACUUUUUUUUUUUU